ACAUAUAUACGCGCGCAUGCACACACACACACACACACACACGUUUUGACUAUCAUAUAUUCAUUAAAAACAUGGCGAAAUUGAAACAUGCGAUUUGGGAUGUUUCUUCUAAUUUUGUUGCAAAUCGAUAUUUUUCACGUUUAUUAACUUCUCAGUGGUAUAAUACGUCUACAGUCUCGUUAUUAAAUAAUACGUUAAUAGAUUCUACAGUGAAAGACAAAAACGAUAUCAUCAUUACAGAUAGUUGUGUUAAACGUCUAAAGGAAAUUACAGAUGAUAAUGCUUAUUUAAGAGUUACAGUAGAAGGUGGAGGCUGUUCUGGUUUUCAAUAUAAAUUUGAUUUAGAUACGAAUAUAAAUGAAAAUGAUAAAGUGUUUCAAAAGGAUGGUGCAAAAGUUGUUAUAGAUUCAACAUCUUUGGAAUAUAUUAAAGGAUCAACAAUAGAAUUUCAUACAGAACUGAUACGUUCUGCAUUUAGAAUAACUAAUAAUCCUUUAGCUGAACAAGGUUGUAGUUGUGGUGCUAGUUUUUCUAUUAAAAUAUAAUUUCUAUUUAAAUUCUAUAAAAAGACACAGAAUUUAUAAAUAAUAGUAUAUAAAUUGGUUUUAUAAACAUUAAUAAAAUAUUUAACUAUUUAUUAAUUAUUUUUGUGUAUAUACAUAUAAUAUAUACAUAUAUAUAUAUAUAUAUAUGUAUAUAUUAAUAUAUAUUGUUUUAAUAAAAUGAUAAAAUGAUUAAAAAUAUUUUAAAAUUUUUACCAAAGACUUAAAAAAAUUAUUAAUUUAAUUGAUUAUUUUAUUUAUUAUAUAUUAAAUAUUAAAAAAUAUUUAUUUCAAAUGUUUUAAUUUAUUAUUAAAUGUAAUACAAUGAAAUUUAAAUUAUUGAUUAUAAAUGUAAAUAAGUAAUACCAUGUAUAUUUAAAUUCUAUAUGAUAUGAUUAUUAUUUCAUAAAUAAAAUCAUGAUAAUUUCAAAAAUUUCUUAAUAAUAUUAUUUAUAUGUAUAUAUUAAUAUAAAAAAUGAAUUUAAAAAAAACUAAUUAUCUUACUGUUAAAAAAUUAUUAUUAUGAAAUAAUUUUUGCAAGACAAUGCUUAUGUUUUCUGCACAAUAUUUAGCCGAUCGGAAAAAUAUGAAAUUUUUAGUUAUGGAAUAAUCAUAUUGUCGUAAAAUAAAAAUCUAUAUAAAAACUUCUAA